GAUUUUGCUUUAGAUUUUAUUAGAUUAUUUUACGAUCAAAUAGAAAAGGUGAAAUCAAUUUUAUCUUCCCAUUAUUGGGUUACAAAUCCAUAAUUCAAGGUAAUGCGGGUUGCAUUGGAUUCAGUUUCUGGUAUUUCUCUGUUUUCUUUUCAUUUGAUUUUAUUUAUUUUGGUGUUUCUGUAAUCAAAGCUGCUGUGAUCCAGCUACCAUAAAGUUGAUACAAACCCUUUCAUUCUCCAAUGGAAGUACCUUUUUCUGGCUUGGAAUCUGUUAAUGGGAAGUCUAUUAAUUUUGGUUCUGACCUCAAACACCAGGCGACAAUAAAAUUACAGAAAGUGUACGAAAGCUUCAGGAGCAGAAGGAAUCAAGUAGAUUGCUCAGUUCUUGUUGAGCAAAGAUGGUGCAAACUGACGAAUUUUACUGAACUCAAGCGUAGCUGCAUAUCAUUCUUUGGGAUUGGAAAACAUGAAACUGCCAUUUCACGUUGGGCAAGAGCAAGAACGAGAGCUGCCAUGGUUGGGAAAGGCUUAUCAAAGAACCAGAAAGCUCGAAAACUUGAUUUACAGUACUGGCUUGAAGCAAUUGAUCCAUGGCAUCGAUAUGGACUUAACCUACACUUCUAUUAUUUAAAAUGGCUCCAUUCCACUACUAGGGAGCCUUUUUUUUAUUGGCUGGACUACGGAGAAGGCCGGAAUCUGAAUCUUACUGAGGAAUGCCCCCGAUCAAAACUUCAGCAGCAGUGCGUUAAGUAUCUUGGUCCGAUAGAAAGGCAGGUCUAUGAAGUUGCUGUGGAGGAGGGAAAGUUCAUGUACAAGCAGACAGGGGAGCUCAUCCACACCACUGCAGACGGCGAUUGGAUUUUUGUCCUUAGUACAUGUAAUACUCUGUAUGUAGGCAAGAAAAGAAAAGGAGUUUUCCAGCAUUCAAGCUUUUUGGCUGGAGGAGUCACGACGGCUGCUGGUAGAUUAACUGUUGAAAAUGGCAUUCUUAAGGCAAUUUGGCCUCACAGCGGACACUAUCGGCCUACCUACAAAAAUUUCAAGAAUUUUUUUUCAUUUAUCAGCAAAGGUGGCAAAUCGGUUGAGUUGUGUAAACCCCGGUUGAGCCGUUUUGGAUGCGGGCGGUUAUGGGUUUGGUUAUUUCAUGUGUCAUGUUUUGCUCAAGCUAUUCGGGUUAAGGUCGCUCAGAAUUUGCGGGCUAAGCGUAAACCACUAGGUUUGACUAGCAAUUAAAAUUCAUUUUUCGAACUAUAACACAAUUUUCAUGUUUCUGAAUUCAAAUGACUAUGGUUUUUUAAGUUGAAAUAAUUGUUAUAAAAUGAGUUGUAGCUCUUUGAAAUA